GAGAUGCUGCUAGCACAGUGAGGUUGUGAACAAGGACAGUACCCAUUGCCUGAUCAGGAGCAUAUGCUCAGGAGACAAGGAACUCUGCUCACCACACAAUCAUCAGCCUUCUGAAAAGACUCCUAUCUGUGUGCCAGCCCAGAAAGACCUCAGGUCCCUGAAUCCCCAUCAUCAUGAACUGGAACAUGAUCAUCUCAGUGCUUAUUAUAGUAGUUAUCAAAGUUGUUGGAAUGACCUUAUUUCUGCUGUAUUUCCCACAGGUUUUUGACAAAAGUAAUGAUGGCUUCAUCCCCACGGAGAGCUACGGAACCACUAAUGUGCAGAAUGUCUCACAAAUCUUUGGGGAAAAUAAUGAAAGCAUCAUGCCUACAAGGAGCUAUGAGACAGUCUCGCCAAUCUGUCCCAAAGACUGGGAUUUUCAUCAAGGGAGAUGCUUCUUCUUCUCCACCUCUGAAUCAUCUUGGGAAAACAGCAGGGAUGACUGUGCAUCAAAAGAAUCCACACUGGCAAUUGUCAACACACCACAGAUACUGAAGUAUCUUCAGGACAUAGCUGGUGCCGAAAAGUACUUCGUUGGUUUGAGACGUCAGCCUGGAGAAAGAGAGUGGCGCUGGAUCAACAACUCUGCCUUCAAUGGCAAUGUGACGAAUGAGAGUCAGAACUUCCACUGUGUCACUAUAGGCCUGACAAAGACCUUUGAUGCUGCGUCAUGUGACAUCAGCUAUCGCUGGAUCUGUGAGAAGACUCCCAAAUGAUCGUGGGUCUCUACAACAAGAGCAAAUAUAUAUCUACAGAGCCAACACAAGAAAUCAGUUGCAACUGAAACUAGUUCAGAAAAUACGGAACAUCAAAGACUGUGCCCCUCUUCCACAGGUUGCUGAGGAGCUUCCCAGUAAAUCCUCAGGGUCAAUAUGUUAUUCCCUUUUACAAACAUCUUCACACAACAGGGAAAUUCCUGUCCUUCUCCAGGCAUUCCCCAAGACCACACUUCCUGUGAGAGGGGACUGGACUCCAGUGCUCUCCAGUAGACAGGGCCAGUUUUCUGGAGAUGAAAUUGAUGUGGAAAUGAAAUCUGUAGAGUUGAGCAUUUUGACUGAUCAAUGGGCUUUUGCCUGAAGACAGGAUCUAUUUCAUCCUUAGAGUACAUGCCCAUAUUAUUGAAAAGAAACUGCCAAUGGAAUAGAGAUGAGCACUGUUAGAAGGUGGCAUGGGUAGAAGAUAAACUCAGCUUCAUGACCUCCCCUAUUCCCAAAAGGCUUCCAUUCCCAUACUCCUCCCUAGAAGCUAAGGAGGAACAGGCCUUCCUCAGUCUGAACUGAGAGCAAGGCUCUUGGGAGGACCUCUACAGCUCAACGUGGAGCUGAGAGAACAUUGUGGGAAUACAGAAGGGUUUGUAUAGGACAGAGAAAAGAGGAGGGGAAGGAAAAGGAGAGGAAGAGAGAAGAAAGGAGGAGAGAAGACAAGAGCAGAAAGGAGGGGAGAGAAGAAAAGAAAAGGGGGUGGUGGGCAGGAGAGACAGGGAAAGGAAGGUGACUGAGAAAACACUCGGGCUAAAAUUUUUCUUGGUUUGCCAUAAAAUUCUAUUGUGGCAUAUAUAACUCCUUUUCACCAGAGAAGAAAGAGCAAAAUGGGGACAAAUGGAAAUUGUGAGAGAUGAAGCAGGAGUUUGAUCACAAUGAAAGAGAGGAGAGAAUAAAUGAAAUAAAGUCUCGGGUUUCUUAACUGUUCUCUGUGUUCACAAGAAGAUAGCAGCUGAAGUCAUCAGAGAAAAGAGAUGCACUGGUUGAGUAAUAAGAAGCCUAUAGAAAGCUAAAGGAAUUGAAGUCACCCAACAAUGAACUCUGCAUUUGCAUCUAACUGUGAUAUGUAUGUGUGCCACUAGUCAAAAUAAA